AUGAUUUCAAUGGAUCGCUCAUUUAGAACUGCGAUUACUCAAAGAUUAUUACCUAUUAGCUCUACAAUCCUUGUCCGUUUUUUAACUGCUCAAGUAGAUGAAGCAUUUUCAGGAAAAGAGGAAGAGGAAGAAACGGUUAUUGCCGAUAGCGAUGACGAAUAUGAGAAUGAGAAAGUAGAAGCCAACAAGAACAGUAGACAUGUAGAAGAAGAGCAAGCGAUCAAUGUCGAAGAAGACAUUGUAGACGACAGCAACGAAAACAGCUUUGUAGACGAAGACAUAGAUGAUGGGGUCAACGAAGCAAAUAACACAGAACAAAAUGUAUUUAAAGGGUAA